AAGGCGUUUUCUAGUGGAAGCUCAGAUACUCGGAACUAUUUCUCGCAGAUUCGUUCUGAGCAGAACGAACAAGAUCAACGACCUCGAACCCCCGAACAUAGAAUUUAUUCAUCAGAACAAAAGUAAUAAUGGUGAGUCACAAGAACUCUGUGAUUCAGAUAGUGAUCCCAUAUCAGAUCACAAGUUACUUGACGAAUUAUCUGAGGAAUUAAAGGGUUUGGGCGCCAUUGAAUUGACAAUUCGGGAUACUUUGCUCGAGAUUCUCCGUCAGAAUCAAUCAAAGGAUUUAAAAUCGGGAAAAACACUGAUGAACUCGAAUUUCUUAAAUGGGAUAAUAGAUGUUUCGAAUGCCAAUUUGAAGAAAAUGACUCGAUCAAUAUUAAAUAAAUUGAACGAAGGACAACAGUGGUUUGAUCAGGUUCUCAAUAAACAAACAUGGGCUUCAACUUCAGAGUUCAUCGACUAUUGCAAUCAGUUCACGGACCACGUAUGUAAUCGUGUACAAUUCCCCACUUUGGUACGCAAGUCCUUUGUCACAGGGCAUUUUGAUCCCUUUGUUCAUGAAGGGCACGACAUUGUGCAGGACAUUAUGAAACACUUUUCAGUGCGGUUGGAAGCUCCAUGCAAUAUAAGUUCAAAAUCGUCGAAACUGGAAAGAACCUACGCGAUCGACACGAUUAUAUAUGUUAUGAAUAGAAUUUUCCGUAUGCAUUUCGAUGUUCUCGAUGAAAACUG